CAUGCACGUUUUCUGCCUGCUUUUUAGCUUUCUGUUGGCAGUUUUGUUGGGUUUUAGCUGUGGUUGCAUUCUUUGUCGAACUUGUCUUUAAAAAAUAUUUAUCUCGCAAAGAAGGUCUGAGUGUCUCUCUAAAAUGGAUGACACAGAGUUAACUUACAAGUUUUGGAGAAUCCGAAAAACUGUAAUGCAAGUAAGUGACAUUCCUAACAUUUAGUAAGUUUAUCUAAUUUCAACGUGCACCUACAAUAGCACACGAACAAACAUUGAAAAAUAAACAGCAAGUUGCUUUUUGUGGCAAGAAGAAGAAACCCUGUGGCUGCGAGAUUAGUCAAUAACGACAAAUUUUUAUGUUGCUGACCGUUGAGUUCCAGAUGUUGUAAUUUAAUUUAGUCCUUGGUUUUAAUUUUAUGUUCAGUUGCUUGUGAGUAACAAAGGAAAGGAAAAUUUGAACCAAGAGGAUUGCACUCACAACAAAUGGAGAAAACUUGUCACUCAAAUAGCAGUACUUCAUCAGAAGGCCUUUGUUCCCUUUUUCAUUGUCUCUAGAUGUGUCAUGACAGAGGGUAUCUCGUUACACAAGAUGAAUUGGAUCAAACACUUGAUCAGUUUAAGGAGUCAUUUGGUGACCGACCCAGGUAAAAAUUUGAUGGUUAGCAGCAUGCAAAGAAAGUCGGAUCCUAUAGACAUUAAUUCCAGGCUUUCCUUACGUGCAGGGGCGGGUGCAAAGAAAAACAGAACAGACAGUUUACAGCCUUGCCAUAAUUUCACCCUUAAAAGCUAGCAAAUGGUCCCAAAUUACUUUCUGUAUCCUUACAAUGUCCUGUCUUGCAUCUCUGAAAGAUUUUGCCUCAAUUUUGUUUAUUACAAGUCUUGCUAGCCAGCUACGUGGCGGUGAUUGUUUUAUCGUCAUUUUAGAUCUGGCAACUUUUUGUUGUUUUCUUUAUUUAUUCUGGUAAACACUUGUAUGCUUCAAAAAUUUUAUUUUAUGUCUGUCUAUAAAUUCUAAAACAAACCCUUUUUACAAGAUUAGCAGGAAAAAAAAUUGUAACAAACUUGAUUACAAUCCUUCUGCAUUUUCAAUUUUUAAAUGAGCAUUAACCCCAAACAAAACUUUGCAAGAUCUCUUGGCCAUUGGUUUACGAGGAGGUCGAUCGAUUUUGGCAGAACAAAAAAAUCACUAGCCCGAAUUAAUAAGAAACAGAAUCAAAAAAAGUCCACCGUGCCCACUGGGCUAUAGGACACAACUUUCUUUGCAUGCUGGCCCAGUGUUAGUGGAAAUUGCUAUCAGGCUAGUGAAUUCUGUUUUUAAUGGCAAGUGAAGUUUUUGGGGAGUAUUUAAAAUUUAGAAGAACCAUAAACAAACUUGCUUGUCAAAAUAGUUUUUGGGGCUAGUUUAAAUGACUAAUGGGGUAGUAAAUUCCAGCUACAGCUCGCCCAAAGGACAAGCUGUAAAACUAAUUUUCUUUGCUCCUCGGUUUAGAAAAUAUAAAGGAGAGGAAGAGUUGGUCUCCAGAAGACCAUUGCGAGUUUCAGUCUCCAACCAGACUAAUUUUAAGGCUCAAAUGAUAAAACAACUAAGGAUGAAAUUAAUUUCUAUACACUACAAUCAGCUAGAUGGGCUUUCACUUUACUUGGCUGACGCUCGGUAGAAGUCUGGUAUAGUACUGUCCUUGGCUAGUAAUUCGUACUAAAUAAAUUAAUAGGCAGCGGUUUUUAGUUGUGGGCUUAGUGUCAUAGUCUUUGAGUGAAGGCGAUGCUGAGGUUGACCUUCUUUUGAUAUAAACUUUGUUCCUUCUCUUAUUGGAGAUUAUGUUUAAAAAAAAUACCAGUUACUAUAAGAACAACAUGAUUUAUGUACAUGUAGUAAAGCAGGAAGGGUUGUAUUAAAACAAGGUCAGCUACAGCCUCAUUUCCAGCUGUAACUGUAAAGUAGGCUAUUGAUAUUGUUAUAUUUUAGUGAGGGAAGACCCUCUAGAAGUGAUUUGUCAAUACUGGUGGCGCACAAUGAUGACCCUACAGGUAACAAUGUAUUGUUAUAUACCAAGAAUUAUAUACAUUCGACUCCUGGUAACUCGAACCUCCCACUAACUGGAGGCAAUUUUCAUUUCCCUUCAGUUUUAUUUCUAUAUAUAUUCUUACCCUCGAUAACUUGAACUCCUAAUAACCCAAACUUUUUUCUAUUUCUCUUGAAGGUUCGAAUUAUCGGGAGUCAACUGUACCUGCCCUAGUUUCCUUUGAAGGGAGGGGGGCACUUAAGGGAGGUUUGGGUAGAGGUAUGCUGCUGAUGGCUUCACACCCUCAGUGUUAUUACCAGGAUUUUGUACACUGGGGUCCACAGGACCCACAGAGAAGCUAAAGGGGGAUCGUGAGGGAGAAAAGCGAGUCACAAUUUUUAGAUACAGUAACUCAACAUUUUCACAGGUCUGAGUCUUAGAUAAUGAUGGGUGUUUUCUAAAGACGCCAUAACCAAUUAAAUUUUGACUUAUAUUUUAAGGAAAUGUACGUAUGUAUACAUAUGUUUUGUAAUAGUUUUUUUCCUUGUUUGCGCCCUUGGGACCCCACAAGAAAAUUAUAGUGCAGCAUUUCCCGAAAAAGUCCGUCAAUGCUGCAGACUGGUAAGAACACUGCACCCUGACACUGUUUAAGGCAAAUAUUGUUUACUUAAUUUCUCUACCCUAUCUAAGACAAGAGGCCUUGUAAUACAUUUUAUGACUAUGACUCUUUUCAUUUUGCAUACAGAUUAAUUUAAACUAACAUCAUGGAAUUUUUGUGGGAAAAUGAUAUUGGUACCAGAAAGAUUGAACACUGACCACCAACUUUCACAUUAUUCUAAAGGCUUCUAGCCCAAAAAGACACCCUGCUGUAAAUAGUGAAAUUGUAUAGUACCCUGUUUAAGACACAAGAUCCUGAAGAUUGAACCCGUUCAGUGGCACCUACAUGUAUAGGCCAAAUAAGGUAGUACCCCCCCAGGCCUAGUUUGUGUCUAGAGCAGGAAAUUAGAUGUCUGUUGAGUAGGAAACUUAAUAUCAUGUUCUUUAGUUAUGAGUGGUACCAAGCAAACUUGUGAAUGAAAAGUGCAAUUUGAAGUGUUUAUAGUGAAAAAUGUUGUUCAUUACGUUAACGAAGUAAUUUUCAAUAAACUUUAUUUUUUUUUGUUUAAAAUGGGCUAUUACUAUGUAUUAUUUAUUUAAUUUUGAGCUGUUUCUUAAGGCUUGUGUAUGGACAUUUAACAAUGACAUGUUUCUGUUGAUUUUUACAUUGUGUUGUUAUUUUGUUAUGUUACAGAUCAGAUGUUUAUCUUCUUUCCAGAUGAACCAAAAGUUGGAAUAAAAACAAUUAAACAGUGAGUCAUCCAUAAGGUUAAUUGUACAUUUUAAAUGCACAUGCAUGUCCAGGAGUUGAAAUCACUUCAAUGGAGAAAACAAUAUCCACUGAAGAAUCAGGACAGUUACUUGAACUCUGCUGUGAUCUGCAUAACAAGUCUCUUGCUCUGACCAUUUGGACACACUGUUUUCUUUAACCCUUUCACUGCCAGAGUGUUUGAUAGAGUUUUGUAAGGUGACUCUAACUUUUGAGUCUGUGGACGAAAUCCUAUGAUGUGACCAUUCAAAUGAAAGUUCCCUUCCUGUACUUACAUAUGGUGCUUUUUGUUUCUGAAAAUUUUAGAAAAUGAAAUUUGGAAAUUUGGUCGAGAUUUGCCUUGGCCACCUUUGGCAGUGAAAGGGUUAAAGCCUCCAUUUUUCCAACUUUGUUUUGAAUUUACUCAGUCUUGCACAUAUUUUUCCUGACUCGCCCCAAUUAUCUUACUCUCAAAUCUCUUCAGAUAUUGUAACAGAAUGCAAGAGGAAAACAUAACAAGAGCAAUAAUCGUUGUACAGAUGGGUAUGACACCAUCUGCGAAACAGGUGAGUACACAGCUGGUAGGCAGUGAAUUGAACUUCUAGGUUUAUCUUUUGGUUCUAUUUUCCUCUUGUAAUGUUUCCUAUGAAAGUAGCCAGGGGCCAUGCUUGUGGUAGUGGGGGGACAUCCCACCCUCCUCCCCACUCAGUGACACCCCUGGGGAGGGCACAGUCCCUUUGGUGACCUUUCCCAUCAGAUAGGUCUGUACCUACCCCUCCCCUAAGUCACAAUUUUGCGUUAAGUGAGAAUUAAGUGUUUAUGUUGACUUCGGGGAGGGGUAGGUGGUCCUUUACUUAGAAACCUCAAUUGAUCCUUAUUUUUUGCAGUAUGGUCUACAUGUAAAAUUUUAGUCUUGUUUUUCAGUGGCAAAUUUGUACAUAAUUUAUCUUCAGGCAUUAGUUGAACUUGCCCCAAAGUACAUCUUGGAACAGUUUAUGGAGGCUGAACUGAUGGUCAACAUUACAGAACAUGAGGUAGGUGAUUAAUGCGUCUGGAUAAGGGUUUAAGAGAGGGGGGAGGGCUUGAAUUGGUUUUGUGGAUUUAUCUAUUGGGUUUUUUUUCCCUAAGAAGGUUUGAUUUUUUCCUUGUCUUGAAUUGGUUUUGUUUCGGAUUUAACAAUUUGCUAAAAAUACCAUUCACACUUCACUUUCUUUACCCGCCUCUUUCACCCUGGUUGUCAUGUUAUCAAGCCUUGAGAUGUUGGCGUACCUCCAUAUUCAAUUAUUGCUCUAGUUGGGCAGCCAUUUUGAUUAUUUUAAACACUUCAUGUAAUAUUGCAUAAGUGUCCUAUUUGGUGUGUGCCCAGGUGUGUGUUUUUCUCAAUUGACAAUUAAUCAAUUAAAAUUAAAAGACAUUAUUACAUGUAACAUUCCAGUUGACCAUAGUCCUAGAAAGCACAAAGACUUACCCUAUUUACAACAACACUGUUAAACCCAGAAGGAUAACAUCUAUACCUUAUUUCACACCAGUAAAUGUAAAAAUUUACACUAUUUGGCAGAGAUCUCUCCUUGUAUACUAACUUCCUUUGUUUUAUCUCUUAAGCUUGUCCACGAACAUGUUCUCAUGACACCAGAGGAAAAAACAGAGCUUUUGCAGAGAUAGUAUCCUUUUGAUCAUCCCUUACUCAGUGCAUUGAAAUACAAAUACAUCAUAAACAUGUAAUAAUUAUUGCUCGCUUGCAGCUACAGCCCCUUGCAUUGGAUUUUCAAGUUGCUGCACCGCUGUCUCUAUCAUUUUUUUCUCUCUCCCCCUAACUUUACCACUUUUCACACCUCCUCUCCCCUCCCCUUUCCCCGGUGGUAUCAUUCCUGUCCACACAAAACUCAUCUCACUCAUUAUACCUAGGCUUGAAAUAAAGGAAGGGCAAUGGACAGUUUCCAGUUAAAAGUGAAUGUUGGCUUUGUCCGGUCAAAUCCUUGAAUGAUUGGACAUUUUGCCCAGUAUUGAGCUUGUAACUCAAGUCUUAUUAUUAUUAUUAUUAUUAUUAUUAUUAUUAUUAUAUAUAUUAUUAUUAUUAUACUAAAUUUGUACUUAAUUUUCAAUUUGAGAAGAGUUUAAUAAAGUAUUAUUAUUAUUAUUAUUAAAAAAAAUUAUUAUUAUUAUUAUUAUUAUUAUUAUUAUUAUUAUUAUUAUUAUUAUAACUUCUGAUUUUAGAUAAGGUUGGACGUUAUUGGCCCCUCAUGGAAAAAAGAUAAGGGAAAAGAAAGAUACAACCUCAUCAAGAACUUUUAUAAGUUACUGACUCAUUAUGGUGGUUUUCACUUUCAAUUAUCGCUCCAGUUAGGUGGUGUUUUAUAAUGGUAAUUGAACUGAGUGGAGUGCAAUUUGGUCUGAAAUAAGAAAUAAUGCGAUAUAGAACAAAAAUGGUGCGAUUUAAAACAGAAAUGAUGCGAUUUGGAACAGAUGCGAUUUAGAGCAAAAAAUGGUGCGAUUUAGGAAUAAAUCACACUGCUGAGAGCCAAUCAGAUUGCACGGAUAGACAGUGAUUUCAAAGUGGAUGUAAUAAAAAGAGAUAUGACAUACAUGAAGUAGAUAUUUGUGCUGCCAAACACGGGCAAAAAGAGGUUUGUCCAGACAACCUGACCGUCGCCAGCGGGAAAAUUAUUUACCCAAUCAUGAUUAGGGUUUAAACAAAGGCCGCAUGCAUUUACUUCCAGUGGCUUUCAACUAGUCCUGGGAUUACUCCCAUUUGGUCCUUAACUUAAAUCGCAGUAAACUCAAAGACCAUCAGCUUCCUCGUAUCCAAUCUGGAGAUCCGGUAGCGCGGUACUUUGGACUUAAAAGGGGACAGGUGAGUGAGCCUUGGCAAAUCAAGAACCGUGUGUACUGUGACGUCAUAUACGCAAAUAAGUCUGGUAGAUGUAGCCCCUUUGUUGACUGGGUAAAGUGAGCAUUAAAAAUGGCGGGAAACUGCAAAGAGCGGUGAAAGUUUCAAACUAAUCACACCAUAGGAACGCAAAAUAAAAUUUCAAAGCUUCUUUUCGCCUACCUCUUAGAAACAGCUCUUUUCAGACCUGUACUUUUGAAAACAAUACCUUUGAAUUUACUUUUUUUUUCACAGGUUGUAAAAAUUAUUCGUCCCAGCGAAACAGCAGGCCGGUACAUUACCUACAGACUUGUUGUUUGAUGUGAAACGCGAAGA